AUGUACAUGCUGGAGAGCAGCAUGAUUCCUACAAAGAAGAUGUUCUGGAACAAAGAAAGUGAGAGAAAUAGCACCAUGAUGAUGGAGUUCAUCGUGGAAAGGGAACGUGGCUUUUCCCCGCAGUGCCCGUGUGUCCGUCUGUGUCGGUGCUCCAGCGGCUGGAGCUGGAGUCGGAUCCCAAGCGCAGCCUGGCCAUGGACUCGGCCCUUAGCGACCUGCAUUGCCAGCUGCACACUGCUGGGCGUCUACAUCUUUUUCAAGAUAUCUUCCCAGGAGUACAUCAACCUCUUGCUGUCCGUGUAUUUCUGCGUGCUGGGCAUCCUGGCCCUGUCCCACAACAUCAGCCCCUUCAUGAAUAAAUUUUUUCCAGUCAACUUCCCCAACUGUCAGUACCAGCUGCUCUUCACACAGGGCUCUGGAGAGAACAAAGAAGAGAUAAUCAAUUACGAGUUUGACACUAAGGAUCUGGUGUGCCUGCGCCUGAGCAACAUUGUUGGCGUCUGGUACCUGCUGAGGAAGCACUGGAUCGCCAACAACCUGUUUGGCUUGGCCUUCUCCCUGAAUGGGGUGGAGCUCCUGCACCUGAACAACCUCAGCACAGGCUGCAUCCUGCUGGGCGGCCUCUUCAUCUACAAUGUCUUCUGAGUGUUUGGCACCAACGUGAUGGUGACAGUGGCCAAGGCCUUUGAAGCACCAAUAAAAUUGGUGUUUCCCCAAGACCUGCUGGAGAAGGGCCUUGAAGCGGACAACUUCGCCAUGCUGGGCCUGGGAGACAUCGUCAUUCCAGGGAUCUUCAUUGCCUUGCCUCUGCGCUUUGACAUCAGCUUGAAGAAGAACACGCACACCUACUUCUACACCAGCUUUGCAGCCUACAUCUUCGGCCUGGGCCUCACCAUCUUCAUCAUGCACCUUUUCAAGCACGCACAGUCUGCCCUGCUGUACCUGGUCCCUGCCUGCAUCUGCCUUCCUGUCCUGGUGGCGCUGGCCAAGGUAGAAGUGACAGAAAUGUUCAGUUAUGAGGAGUCGAGUCCUAAGGAUCCCACAGCAGUAACAGAAUCCAAAGAGGCGACAGAGGCGGCAGUAGCCAAGGGGCUGAAGAAGAAGGACAAGUGACAUCUCUAGGGGUUGCCCCUGGGUCCAGAGCAGACAGGUGGUGCAUGGAUCCAAAGGGCAUACAUGGGCCGAGCCCACAGGAGGCCCUGGGUGGGCAGUGCAUCCCUCCAACCAAGCCUCCAGGGCCUCGCCAUCCGUCUUAGCCUACUUUGGCCUCCCUCUGUCCCCUUCCCACCUUCCCCUAUGGGCAAAGCUAUUCCCAGCCUCCUCCCUUCCC